ACGCGUGAUGUGGGGCGUACCUUGUCGCGUAGUUUAAGGCUUCGUGUCAUCAAUCACUCGCAACAGACAUCGAUUCUGCCUCACACUGGCCAGGCCAAUUCAACGACGUCAAUAAUAACCAAUGGCCGCUAGCCCUUGUUUGGUUUUCAUGGACAUUCCUAUUUAGAUUCCUUGAAAAACUAUUUCUUUGCAGUACAACUGUUUUCCUUCAUUCAUCCCUCGGUCCUAUAUCCUAUACACCCCUCAGCCCAUUCACAAUGAAUAUCUUCAGGCUAUUAGCUGAUUUUUCCCAUCUCUCUUCAAUCUUCAUCCUUUUACAGAAGAUGAAGACUUCAAGUAGCUGCUCUGGAUUGUCAUUCAAAUCACAAGUGCUAUAUUUGAUAGUAUUCAUCACUCGCUACCUUGAUCUAUUUUGGAGUUUUACGCAAUCGCUCUACAAUACUACCUUUAAGAUCAUGUUCAUAGCUUCUUCGGCGUACAUCAUCUACCUCAUGCUUAACGACUACAAACCAACUCAUGACCCCAAUCUCGAUACAUUCAAAGUUCAUUAUCUUCUCGGGUUCAGCGCUUUGUUUGCCCUGCUUUUCUCACAUAACUACAGGGUCUCUGAGAUACUCUGGACCUUUUCGAUCUGGCUUGAAUCUGUCGCCAUUCUGCCGCAGCUUUUCAUGUUGCAACGAACUGGAGAAGCAGACACCAUAACUACCCAUUAUCUCUUUGCGUUGGGCAUGUAUCGUGCCCUCUAUAUCCCUAAUUGGCUAUAUCGUUAUUUUGCAGAGGGCCGCUUUGAACCCAAUCCAGUUGUGGCAGGUAUAAUCCAGACACUCCUGUAUUCGGACUUCUUCUAUAUCUACUACACCAAAGUCAUGAAAGGAAAGAAAUUCUCGCUUCCUGUUUAAAACAAAGAUACUACUGUGCUGGUAGGGCCUGUACGGUUUGUGAGGAGUUUAGUAGCGUGGAGUGUCGACUCGAUCUUUCGACACAUGUCUGAAUGUCGUAAUUUGCUCCAUAUGAAAUUCAAUUAGUUUAUUCAAA